CUCUUUCUUUCUAAUAAACCUUCUUGUUGAACAAUCUGAUCUACUGUCUGCCAGAUUGCAAAUUUUAAGGCCUAUGUAAUUUUCACGCUAAGGUGACUCCUCCGCCUCCACCUUUUCUUUAUAUCAGCACUAUACGCAAAUGAACGAACAAUUACGAGCACUCGACGACGCCACGCUACCCGACAACAACCCUGAACUGGACGCGAUCCGCGCGUGUCUUGAGCAACCUCUUGAAUGGGCGCAACCGGUGAAACCGGUAGCGUGGAAGCACCAUGUUCGAACCAUUGCACAAACCGUUAUACCCAACUGGGCCUAUGCCCUGAAUAGCAAAAGCAAUAACAACAAUUUAGCACUUAGAAGAACCAUACUACGCGAACCUAAAGUGAGCUUGCCGAUUCUACUCGACAGCCUGCGACAUUCCAGCGUCAUGGCGUUGGACUUAUACAUUGAUCUACUGAAAUACCUUACGGACGAUCCAAUGGUGUACGGGGACGAUCGGUUUUUCAGCAACUUGCUAUGCUCUGUGCCCACACGGAUAGCCAAUGCUCUCGGACUUGGCGGCAGCGAUAGCUGGUACUUCGACAAGAACUAUUAUGCACGACUUGCUCGACAUGUUGCCCGUAACAACGAUACGGCAAUGCAUCAACGGCAAAAAUAUCAAACUUAUGCGGGCGAAAUUUUAGGCAAGAUCAUUCGCCUCGGACACGCAGAUGUCUGUAUUGCCGCCGUAUACCCAAUUGCGUUGGAACAGGAAGGCAAAGGAUGGCCACAUAUUUGGGCUUUGGCUGAAAGUCACUCGUCUGGUACGGGUAAAAUAACAGAAACAGUACUACGUCUUGUACAACAAAAGCAGCAGCAAGAUGGGGCCAGCCUACAAAAAGCUGCUUCCCAGCUAGCGACAAUCCUCUUCGCCACUGACGGAAAAUCGGAUCGAGUGGAUAAGUUUUUGUCGCAUGCUUACAUACGGAUAGCCAACGCAUCGUGGACGGAUGCCACAACACUUAAAAUCGCCAUGACAACAGCCAUCUAUGCUGUAGAAAGAAGUUCACAGGGGUUAGAUGAAACGAACCUUUCUCCUGGAAGCUUCAGCACGGUCGAUAGCUUAGUACGUCGACUUAUUGAUAAAUGGACUGAUCCGGUAUUUUUGAAACAUGGCAGCUACAAAGAGCAAGAGUAUACCACCGCUGGAUUGGUGUAUGCUUUGGGGCAUUUAUCAAAAAAUCAAAUUGAAACUAUUAUGUACGAAACAGCUUUAAGAGGUGUUAUUGAUCGAUGGUUUGAAAGUAGUGAUCCGAUCAAAAUGAAGCUUGCUGUGGUUCUCGCCGAAUCGCUCUCAGAACUAACUGAGGAAAUCACAUCUCGGUUAAACUUUGGGAUAUUGGACGAGCAUGAUGACACAAAGUAUCUGGAUAUGAAAAUGCUGGCACGGAAACGAGAUGCACUAAACAAAGAGAGCGGUGACGGAAUGACAUGUGACGACGGCAAUGGGCCUAUCUUAGAAGAGUACGACUCUCCAUCGUCUAGCGACCACGAGCAAGAGGAUGAAGAGUUCGAUCCGGAUGCUAUCAUGACGGGGGAUCAAGAAGAUAGUGAAGAUGAUAAUGAUAGGGAGUCAGAUUUGGAACCAUAUCCCAUGGAAGAAGAAUCAGAUGAUGAUGAGGCGUUGCAAGGCAGUAGCGUUGCAGCAGCCAGGAAAAAGCGUGUGAAGGCACCAGUUUAUAUAUUGGACCUUAUAGCUUACUUAAAGGAUGACGAGGACUCCGUCAAGCUGGAUGUUGGUUUAAGCACGGCAGAAAGACUGGUACGAGACAAGACGGAUGCUGGAUCGGAGCUGACUGAAUCGGCUGUCGAACUUGCUAAGAGACUAAUUGGUUUUCCCAAAGCAUAUUAUUUGGACAAUACAACGGAGAGACAAAAGCAUGCGUUGGCGGCCCUGGUGGCAGCUGCACCAAAAACAGUGGCAGGUUAUAUGAUUGAUCAGAUUUUUGAUCGAAACAUAUCUCUGGAGCAAAAGCAGACGAUUCUAGCUUCCAUAAUUCUGGGAGUGCGUGAAUUAGCGGGAACACGAACUGAUCCAGUUGGACAUGAUGAGUUAUCAGAGGAAUUAGAGAAACGGUUAGCCAUUCAAGAGGCUGGUGAUGAUGCAAAAGCAGCAGCGAUCUCCACGGCCACAACAGUGAUAGGCAAACCCCGCGUAUUUUCUCGAAGAAUGGAUAUAGAAAAAAAUAAGCGAACCCAGCGUAACCGACUUAGCGGACUUGCUGGUCCGGUGUUUUUCUUCCCCUUGUUGGUAGGUUGGUGGGAAGGUGCCCGUGGAAAGGCAAAAUCUUGGAUGGGUCGCGAUGCAUUGCUUGCCGAACGCUUUGUCAUGACCUUGCUUGUGAUUAUGCAUGGCGCGACCAAUACACCCGACAGAGGACGCAUUGUGACCGAAUAUUUUGAGUUUGCUUUGCCACUACGCUUUCUCAAGCUCCCAAGACCUGUAAUCCGUGGUGCCCUGUUAGGCUUCGACAUCAUCGUUAACGUCAAUUACGCACACCAAGGCACUCUGCUUUUGCAAGAAUAUCCGCAACAACUUGCCGAAACUAAACACUGGCUGGAAGAAAUCAUGGAGAUGAUGAAUGCAGAUGAUCUGAAUCGCAUUGCAUUACGAAUAUUGGCUCGCCUGAUGGAGAUAUCAAUGUCUGCAUGAAAAAAGUAAUUGAUUGACAAUCUCGGUAAGCUAGCAUCUACGCACUGUAUAUAAUUCCUUAUUUCAAUCCGUUAUCAUGAUAUUACCCACUGUUUCACAAAGCUAAGUAAAAC